UCUCUCUCUCUCUCUCUCUCUCUGUCUUUAGACUCUUUACGCGAUCUCUUUCAUAAGCUUUCAACUAAAGAAAAUUCCAUCCAAAUCCCAACAAAAAAAAUAAAUUAAAAAUUUUUUUUUUCCAUUUCAGAUACCUAGGGUUUUCUAUAUUUAUGGUGUAAAGCUCCUGCAAUUACUGAAGGAUUGAAGGAACUUGUAUCAUUCAGAUAUUUUUUUUAGCUAAAAUACCCACUUGGGUUUAGCGCAGAUUCACUGCUUGGAGUAUAUAUAGCUCCAAUUAUGUGCUACUAAUUGUGAACCUUGUUCAAUUCUAGACUAGGUAGUUUUGGUUCUCCCUAAGCUCCUUUGUGGUGAAGGUCAUUGUUGGACUAGAGAAUUGAACCUUUCAUUGGUCUCAGAAUUGUAUAGUUGUAUGUGGUUAUUACAUCAUGUAUAGAUGUUAUGUGAUCAAUCUUGAUACUGGAAAAUGGAUUUUAUUUAGAAAUCUUCCUUGCUAAUUUGGUAAACUUCUAAUAUAAAGUAACAAAAUAUGCCUUCAUGGUGGGCGAGGUCAACAUCCAAAGAAGCGAAGAAGAAACCAAACAAGGAAAGUUUCAUUGACGUAUUACAAAGAAAAUUUAAGGGUCCAUCUGAAGGUAAAGUAGACAGUAGAUCAGGAGGGUCUCGAAGACAUUGCAGUGACACAGUUUCAGAGAAGGGGUCCCGAUCCCCCCAAGAAUCAAGAUCACCUUCUCCUUCCAAACAUGUGGCAAGGUGUCAAAGUUUUGCUGAAAGAAAUAAUGCUCAACCACUUCCACUUCCUGGUGUACGCCCUGCAAAUGUAGUCCGUAUAGAUUCUGAAAUUGGUAUAUCAACGAAACCCAGUUUGGAAAAAGGCUCCAAGCCAUCGCCUCUUCCAAUACCUGGAUGCAUUCGUGGCAGGCCAAAUCCUACAGAUUUAGAUGGGGAUAUUGUCACUGCUUCAGUUUCUAGUGAUUGUAGCAUUGAAAGUGAUGAUCCAGCUGACUCACAUCACCGUAGUCCUCAAGCAACUGAUUAUGACACUGGGACCAGAACUACUGCUGGCAGCCCUUCCAGUUUGAAGCUCAGGGAUCAAUCCUCUACCGUUGCCCAAACAAACCCAAGGGAACGGAAAAAACCUCCUAACCUUUCAUUCUGCAAUCAUACGUCCCCUACAUCACCUAAACGAAGGCCUUUAGGCAAUCAUGUGCCGAAUCUACUGGUUCCUUAUAAUGGUGCUUUCUGCAGUGCUCCAGACAGCUCCAUGUCAAGUCCUUCCAGAAGUCCGCUGAGGGCAUUUGGCACUGAACAAGCUCCGAACUCUGCUUUCUGGACUGGGAAGACUUAUCAAGAUGUCACUUUUGUUGGAUCUGGGCAGUGCUCUAGUCCGGGUUCAGGUCACAAUUCUGGGCAUAAUUCAAUGGGGGGGGAUGUAUCAGGACAGAUUUUUUGGCAACAAAGCAGGGGUAGCCCUGAGUAUUCUCCAGUACCAAGUCCACGAAUGACUAGCCCUGGUCCAAGCUCCAGAAUUCAAAGUGGUGCUGUCACACCCAUUCAUCCUCGAGCAGGAGGGACACCCCUGGAGUCACAGACAAGCUGGCCCGAUGAUGGGAAACAACAGAGUCACCGCUUACCCCUUCCUCCUAUAACAAUUGUAAAUUCUUCUCCCUUUUCUCAUUCAAAUUCAGCCGCAACAUCUCCCUCUGUGCCACGAAGUCCAGGAAGGGCAGAUAAUCCACCAAGCCCUGGCUCACGCUGGAAAAAGGGGAAGCUGCUGGGUACAGGUUCUUUUGGGCUUGUUUAUGUUGGCUUUAACAGUGAAAAUGGUGAUAUGUGUGCAAUGAAGGAGGUCACAUUAUUUUCAGACGAUGCAAAGUCUAAGGAAAGUGCUAAGCAAUUAAUGCAGGAAAUUGCUUUAUUAAGUCGUUUACAACAUCCAAACAUUGUGCAGUAUUAUGGGUCUGAAACAGUAGAUGACAAACUUUAUAUAUACCUUGAGUAUGUAUCUGGUGGCUCCAUUUAUAAACUUCUCCAAGACUAUGGACAAUUCGGUGAACUAGCAAUUCGUAGUUAUACUCAACAAAUCUUGUCAGGGCUUGCAUACCUACAUACUAAAAAUACUCUCCACAGGGAUAUUAAGGGAGCAAAUAUACUAGUUGACCCAGCUGGCCGUGUGAAGCUGGCAGACUUUGGGAUGGCCAAGCAUAUCACUGGGCAGUCUUGUCCACUAUCAUUCAAGGGGAGCCCUUACUGGAUGGCACCUGAGGUUUUUAAGAAUCAAAAUGGUUACAACCUUGCUGUGGAUAUCUGGAGUCUUGGGUGCACUGUAUUGGAAAUGGCUACAACAAAACCACCUUGGAGCCAAUAUGAAGGGGUUGCUGCCAUGUUUAAGAUUGGGAAUAGCAAGGAACUCCCAGCAAUUCCAGAUCACCUCUCAGAAGAUGGGAAGGAUUUUGUUAGGCAAUGUUUGCAACGAAAUCCAAUGAGUCGUCCAACUGCUGCUAAGCUUUUGGAGCACCCUUUUGUGAAAAAUGCUGCACCAUUGGAAAGACCUAUUGUGGGCCCUGAGUCUUCAGAUAUGACUGCAGUGGUUACAAACGGAGUGAAGGCUCUGGGCAUGGGGCAAGCAAGAAAUCCUUCCACCUUGGAUUCUGAUAGACUUGCAUUUCACUCGUCUAGAAUUUCAAGAACUGGUCCUCAUGCUAGUGAGAUCCAUAUUCCAAGGAACAUAUCAUGCCCUGUCUCACCCAUUGGAAGCCCUCUUCUGCACUCAAGGUCGCCACAACACCUAAAUGGAAGAAUGUCUCCUUCUCCGAUAUCUAGCCCACGGACCACUUCAGGCUCAUCCACGCCUCUCACAGGUGGCUUUGGUGCCAUUCCAUUUAAUCACAUGAAACAGUCAGUAUACUUGCAAGAGGGUUUUGGAAGCAUGCCCAACCUCCGAAAUGGGCCCUAUGUCAAUGGCCCCUCCUAUCAUGAUUCAAAUCCUGACAUUUUUAGAGGGAUGCAACCAGGGUCUCACAUCUUCACAGAACUGGUGCCCAGUGACAAUGAUGUUUUGGGAAAGCAGUUCGGAAGGCCUGCUCAUGGAGAAUUGUAUGAUGGACAGUCAGUCUUGGCCGAUCGUGUAUCUAGGCAGCUCUUGAGGGAUAAUGUUUUGGAUCUAAGUCCCAGAUCUUCUUUGCCCAGCCGCACAAAUGGUAUCUAACUUGAUUCAUAAUCAUGCAUCUCCACUUGUCAGAGCAGGCUCUCAAGUCUGUUACUGUCUUUUUGGUUCAUAGGAUCAAUUAUAUUCGCCAUUCUAACUGCUAAGGAAGCUAAUUUGUACAAUAAGGACCCUAAGUGAAAGAAUCCCUGGAAUAAGGUUGGAUCUAUAGGAAAAUGAAGUGGCAGGAGGGAAAGUGUUUUGAAUGGCAUAGCAUUCAGCUUAUGGCAUUCAGAUCCUUGAAUGAAAACCAAGCCAAGCUAUAUGAAGAAACUGGUGCUGGUGGCUAGACCAAUUAUUACAUUUGGAGCUCGCUUCCUAGCAAACAAGUCACUAGUUGUCAUUCAUAACCUUUUAUGAUAUGAUGUGGCAUUGACUUGAGUGCAUAUAUUGUCAUCUAAUGCUUGACUGGGUUGAGGAACGAAAAGAGUUCAAUUUUGUCUUGAGGAAGAUGACUUCUGGUGAUCCAAUGCAUGGCGGUUCUUUUAACACAAAAAACUCACGGCAGUAAGCACUGUAUAUGUUGUCAAGAUCAUAUAGAAGAAAAUAGAGAUUGGGUUGGUGCAAUUAUUAGCUUUGGCACUUUUUUUUUUCUUUUUGUUGGGGGUGGGGGGUGAGGAGGGGGUGUUCUGAAAUUGAAACUGCUGUACAGAGAAGAUGGAAACUGAAUUGUGGUACAAAUUGUUAAUCUAACUGUCGAGGAUUCGUCGAGCCUGUGCAUUUCUGUUUCCUAGAACGGUUUAUGCCGGCUCAGUUAACUGUCCUUGUAUACUUUGUUACAUGAUCUCUUGUAUGUACUCUCCACUUCGUCUUAUUGAAGAAGUAUACUUCUAUUGUCCUAUAA